AUGAAUUUCGAUGUUAAAACUUCACUUGGAAUACUUAUGUUUGUUUGUUUAAUUUAUGCUGAUGUUGAUCAAUUUAAUAAACAAUGUCAGAUUCUUCAAUGUAAUUUAACGACAGAGAUUUGUUAUACAAAUCCAAAUUGUACACAUGACGAUGAUGUAUUAAAAUGUGUUCAUUGUAUUUUAAAAAAUAGUUCAAUAUAUACUCAACAAUUAUCAUUAGUUUCUCAUUUAUCAGUUAAAUCAAAUGAAUCAAAAAUUUUAGUUGAUAAUCAUGAUUUUAAAUCAAAUAUAACAUAUGAUGAAUCGUCUUAUGAUGAAUAUUACGAAUAUGAUGAAGAUGAAACAUCAGAUAAAACUGAUUUAGAUGAAGAUGAUGAAUAUUUAGAUGAUUAUACUGAAUCAUUAGAUACAAUUGUUAAUCGUACACAAUCGAUACGUAAAUUGGGUAAUUGUCCAAAAGUCGUUGAAGCUAUUGGUAAAUGCGAUACAGAAAAAUUAAUUCCACCUGAAUGUCGUUUUGAUACGGAUUGCCCUGGAGAUUUGAAAUGUUGUGAAGCAGCAUGUGGAAGACCUCAAUCUUCAAUAUGUUCAGUAUCAUUUGCAUGUUCACUUAAUUGUCGUCUUGGGUAUCGAACGGAUUCAAAUGGUUGUCUCACAUGUGAAUGUCAAUCAUGCCCAACGAUGGAUCAAUGUAAUAAAAAUUGUCCAUCAGGUUAUUUAAAAGAUCUAUUUGGUUGUAAUAUAUGUGAAUGUAAUGAUCAAUGUCCACCAUUUACUUGUAAUAUUUUUUGUCCAUCUGACAUUGGUUUUGCACAAUCAAAAAAUGGCUGCCCAUUAUGUCAAUGUGCAUUAUCAAAAAUUAAAUCAAAUGAAAAUAGAUCUUCAUGUCAAGAGGAUAUUCAUUGUCCACCAGGUUUCCGAUGCCUAAGUGAUUCACGCAAUGUGCCUAUAUGUCAAGCAGUGCCAACAUUCAAUAUAGAAUGUAACAAUGAUUUAGCUAAUACAUGUAACCUUCAAUGUCCAAAUGGAAAUUAUUUAUUAGAUGAAAAAGGUUGUCCAACAUGUGCAUGUGUUUCAACAGAAGAAAAACAAAUUCCGAUAUGUCCACAAAUAAAAUGUCGUGCAAAUUGUGGUGAUGCUGGUUAUCAAGUAGAUGAAAAUGGUUGUCAGACAUGUAAAUGCGUAUCUAAAGAAAAUAUUCAAUGUUCACGUUUAAUGUGUCGUAUGUUUUGUAAAAAUGGAUUUAAACGUGACGAAAAUGGAUGCGAAUAUUGUGCAUGUAAUGAAUUACCAGUACAAUGCUCACCAGUAAAUUGUGAACGUUCAUGUCCAAAUGGUUAUCGAAAAGAUUAUAGUGGUUGUCAAACAUGUGAUUGUGAAUGUCCAGCAUUAGUAUGUCCAACUUCAACUAAUCAAUGCACAAAUGGUUUGAAAAAAGAUGCUAAUGGAUGUCCAACAUGUUCAUGUGAUGAACAACAAGAUAAAGAUGAUGAUAAAUGUCCAUCAUUAGACUGUAAUUUGACCUGUAAAAAUGGUUUACAAGUUGAUGAAUCAGGUUGCAAAAUGUGUUCAUGUAAUAAAUGUCAAUUACAAUUAUGUCGAAUGUAUUGUAUGUAUGGUUUUCGACGAAAUGAAGAUGGAUGUGAAAUGUGUGAAUGUGAUUGGACUCCAGUUGCAGAGAAAAUUCAAUGUAAUGAGCGAAUUCCAUGUACAGGUACACGUGUAUGUAAUUUAAAUAUCAAAUUAUGUGAAAAAGUUGAUCCGGAUAGAGUCAAUUGGUUUGUUUUUGAAUUUGAUAUCGAAAGCGAUAUGUAUAACGAUCAAAAAUUUCUUCAAUUAUUUAGAAAUGGUUUCAUAAAUAAUGUUGCAGCAAAAUAUCAUUUAGUACCUACACAAAUAACUGUUUCAUCAGUUGAACUCAAUGGUUUAACUUCAUUUCAAAUUAUGCCAUUUUUUACUGAAAAUAUGGCAGAAUUUCAAAGAAAAAUGGAUGAAAUCGAUGCUGAUUUAAAUUCCUAUGAAUUUCGUUCUGUUUUACCAGCUGUUGCACAAAAAAUAGGAGCCGGUGGAUAUAUACGUCCAUCUAAAACUGCUCUUGAAAGAGUAAGUGAAAAAUUAAAAUCUUUCACACGUACAAGUACGAAAUUAGCAAUUUGUUUACUUGGUUUCUUAUUUAUAUUAAUUGCAUUGAUUAUUGGCAUUACUUAUAUUCAUAUCUGCCAACGACGUAUGAAACAUCGUUCGGAUUCGAAAUUACCAAUCUAUGAUGCAUCAUAUCAACAAGCACCAUCAGACGACGAUCAUUAUCAUGCUGUACAUGCUCCAGAUGGUACAGCAUAUGUUGUCGUUGAAAGUGAUGAUAUACAUUUAUCAAACGAUAAACGAACAUUGGUUUAA